AUGAAAGAAUAUAAGCUUGAAAGUAAUGAAUGGUUGUGUGAACUGUAUAACAUUCGGGAGUCAUGGAUUCCAGCCUAUUAUGCUGAUGAUCCAUUGGCUGGUUUAUUGCGUACUACAUCAAUAUCAGAGAGUGAGAACAGUUUCUUUGACAAAUUCAACCGUAGAUCUGACACAUUGACAGAAUUUUAUCUUCGAUAUGAGAGUGCUAUGGAGAAGCAAAGGCAUACAAACGCAAGAUUAAACUAUGAAGGAACGAAGUCGAUGCCAAGAAUGGACGGGCCAUUGUUAUUGGAGAGGGAUGCAGCAGAGUUGUACACUCGAACAAUGUUUUAUGAGGUACAGAAAGAGAUAAUGUCAUCCUGUUAUGAUAUGAGUAUCAACAGUAUAUCAGAAGAAGAUGGUGUGAAGAUUUUUUCCAUAAAGGACAAAAGGAGGCAUGGAAAAAUAUUUGAGGUGAAACACACUUAUUUGAACAAUGACGUUCAAUGUACGUGUAGGCUGUUUGAGAAAAUGGGUAUAGUAUGUAGGCAUGGUUUUUUUGCACUUAACCAAGCUGAUGUAACAAAAAUACCAAGACAUCUUGUUGUGAACCGAUGGACAAAAGGUGCUGAAAUGAGGCAUUCAUUGCAGUUCAAGGAAAUAUCAGAACAAUGUUAUGCAAUUGAAGUUACAAAUCGUAAGUUGAAUGACAUAUGGUAUGAUUUCCAAUCCUGUGUGAGUUUGGCAGGUUUAGAUGGUGAGAGACUUGACUACCUGGAAGGGAAGUUGAAGGAGUUGAAGCACAGUUUGCGUGAAUCUAGUUUGAAAUCUGACACACAGAACAAAAAUGAUGUAAUGGAGUUUUUUGUUGGCUCAAAAAUACCAGCGGAAGUGAUCGUUAAACCUCCCAUUGAAGGUAGAAACAAGGGUUGUGGACGGAGAAUUGUUGGUGAUUAUGAGAAAUCAAUUAGUCAACGGAAGAAGAAGGUGCCAAGGCUUUGCAAUAUGUGCAAAAAAAUCGAUUUCCAUGACGCACGGACAUGCCCAUUAAAGAAAACAAUACAGCAAAGUGAUGUUUAA